AUGCGGCCGCUUGGCGAUUCCGGCGGCGCGGCGCAACCUCAGCUUCCCGGACCGGACGUGGAGUCCCUGGAGAAGGCAGAGUUCCUCGCGCCAGCGCCGUGCUUUGUCGACGAUGAGGAUCGUCGCCAGCACCGCCAGGCACAGCGCCGACUCGCCAUCGACGAGCGCGACAAGGAGCUGAUGAGCCAGUGGAGGGCGCAGUUCCCCAGCGACGUCGUCGACAGGAAGGUGUUCUUCGCCGACCUCAGGGCGCGGCGAAGGGCAGACCGAUGCCGCCGUCGGGACAUCGCUGAGCGCGAGUUUGUCAACCCCACUACGACUUGGGCCGACGAUGAUGGUCGCUGGGACGAUGUCUGGACUGAGACCACCUCCGACGACGAGUAG